ACACUGUUAAGUGUUAACCGUGAUUGAAAGAAAGAGGGUUAAGUUAGAUUUGCAUUUUUCUGCAUCGUGUUUGUGUAAGCGGCAUCAAUGGCAUCAGAAGGAGAAGAAUCUCAGCAGCCACAACUCAUUCUCGCCGACAAGCUCUUCCUCCUCAAACAAUCCGAUGUUCAAGACAUUGAUAAAGUUCGAUUCAGAGAAGAUGUUUUCAAUUUCGUUAAGGAACAUGAUAUGGUUAAGUUAUACAAAACCCUAGUUGCUGAUUCCGUUUUGGAUGUGGAUCAGUCCCUUUUGGACUCUAUGCGUGCUAAAAUUGACGAUGAACUUAAGAAGCUUGAUGAAAAGAUUGCUGACGCUGAGGAAAACUUGGGCGAGAGUGAAGUCCGUGAGGCUCACUUGGCAAAAUCCUUGUUUUUCAUCCGGAUUGGGGACAAGGAGAAAGCCUUGGAACAUCUCAAGGUAACAGAAACCAAGACUGUUGCAGUGGGGCAGAAGAUGGACCUGGUGUUCUAUACAUUGCAGCUUGGUUUCUUUGACAUGGAUUUUGAUCUCAUUUCCAAAAGCAUUGACAAAGCUAAAAGCUUGUUUGAAGAAGGUGGUGAUUGGGAGAGGAAGAACCGUCUGAAAGUGUAUGAAGGCCUCUACUGCAUGUCCACUAGAAAUUUUGAGAAGGCUGCCGAAUUGUUUUUGGAUUCUAUUUCAACUUUCACGACCUAUGAACUUUUUCCGUAUGACACCUUUAUAUUUUACACCGUUUUGACAAGCAUCAUAACAUUGGAUAGAGUUUCCUUAAAGCAAAAGGUAGUGGAUGCUCCUGAGAUCUUGACAGUGAUUGGCAAAAUCCCACAUCUUUCAGAGUUUUUGAACUCCUUAUAUGACUGUCAAUACAAGUCUUUCUUCUCAGCAUUUGCUGGCUUGACGGAGCAAAUUAAGUUGGAUCGCUAUCUGCAUUCACACUUCCGAUACUACAUGAGAGAGAUUAGAACUGUUAUCUAUUCUCAGUUUUUGGAAUCUUACAAGAGUGUGACCAUCGAAGCCAUGGCAAAAGCAUUUGGAGUGUCGGUGGAUUUCAUUGACGUGGAGCUAUCACGGUUUAUCGCAGCUGGAAAACUUCAUUGUAAGAUCGAUAAAGUUGCAGGCGUUCUCGAAACAAACCGCCCUGAUGCCAAGAAUGCUUUAUACCAAGCAACUAUUAAGCAAGGGGAUUUCUUGUUGAAUAGGAUCCAGAAAUUGUCGCGUGUGAUUGAUCUCUAGACGCCUUGUUGAAUGCAUUUUAUUAUGUUGGGGGCGCCACUCGAUUUUCAUGUCAAUGUUAUUUAUAGUCGCUUAAGUGGACCAAUCAGGCUCAAGGUCUAGCAUGGUUGUGUUUGAAUAGUACUAUUAAUCUCAAUCUCACUUUGCACAUACUACUGUAUUGAUAGCAAGGUUUCAUCUUGUUUUUAUGACCUGAAGCUGAAAGUGUCUUCUAAUUGCAAUUUCCUUGACUUAAGAGAGCUUAGUUUAUUUGAUCUA